UUAUUCUAUUUGCAUUUUUUUUUCUUUCAAUUCCGAAUCGAAGUGCUGUGUUAGUAGAGAAAGUCGUGAGUAAGUAAAAUCGUCAGUAACAAACAGCUAACCCCAACCACCUUCCGUCGCCACCGCCUAGGGUUUCUUCCGUUUUCCGAUUCCAUCUCCCUAAAUUAGGGUUUCUUCUCGCCAUGGCCGAUGGCUUCUGGAACCGCCAGCAGACGCUUCUCCCCCAUUCCGGCCUGCACAAACGACCCCGUUCAGAUUACGAAAUGCCAGCUACCGGUCUGCCUCCUGGAAGUGAGAUGCAUAAUUAUCAUGCUCGUGAAGAGGACCGUUCUGGUCACCCAAUGGUAAAGGACACAAAAACGAUUGGAUCUGCGUAUGAUCGCUACCUUCAGAGUGGGCAACUUACUUCAUUUACUUCUGCUGGGGAAGCCAGUACAAUUGGUGCUCUUGGGUUGCAAAGGGGUGUUGGUGGAUUACCGAACCAUUCACUAGGUGAUCCUGCUCUCAUGGGGCGUCAUGGGGGUGGUGGUCCUGAUUUUGCACCGAAUGGACGGGGUAUCAAUUAUGGGUUUCAGCCACCUGUGGAUGCAAUUUCAAGGCCUGGACCGGAGACAGCACUCCUACCCCCAGAUGCUUCCCCUACCUUAUAUAUUGAAGGUCUACCUUCUGAUUGUACAAGAAGAGAAGUGGCUCAUAUUUUCCGCCCUUUUGUUGGAUACAGAGAAGUGAGACUUGUCAGCAAAGAGGCCAAACAUCGUGGAGAUCCUCUGAUCCUUUGUUUCGUGGACUUUGCAAAUCCAGCUUGUGCAGCAACUGCUUUGAGUGCCUUGCAAGGCUAUAAAGUCGAUGAAAUCAAUCCCGAGUCUAGUUAUUUGCGGCUUCAGUUUUCUCGGUAUCCAGGCCCAAGAAGUGGAGGCGGUCCAAGAAGUAGUGGACCCGGUCCAAGAAGUGGAUCCGGAUCUCGUGGUGGUAGGAGGUGACUCGCAUAACCCAGUUAGGAUUUAUGCUCAUAAGAAUUGCGGACGGUCCUUUAAACGUGAUCAUUUUGUGGGCUCGAAUGUUAGCCGGUCAUUACUAUACAAAUUCGUAAAAUUUUAUUUUGCUCCUAAUGGCUACAUUCCUUAUUUGAGCCCUUGAGAUGCACAAAUUGUUAUCAGGCAGAGAUCAAAUAGUAAAUUUUCAUUUUAGCUGUGUAUUAUUAUUUGAUAAGUAUGAACAUUGUGUCUAAAUUAUGGUAGCUUUUACUUUGAGUUGAUCAAUUACUGUAUUAUUGAAUUAUGAUAUUUUUUGGUUAUUUACAUGGGUAUGUACUUAAUUACUACAGAGCUAAUGUAAUAGAUUAUUAGAGGACUAAGGGAUAUGAGGAAAUUUCUGUUUUUUCCCCCUUUA